GAAACCCCACCAAGGAACAUGCUUAGGGUUAGCUGUCAUUCUCCUUCUCUUUAAGGAUAUUUAUAACCUCAGACAAAGCAAUCCAAUCAUGGUUGUGCCAUUUCUUGAAAAGUAUUGUUAGCAGUAAAUUUUGAGAGAAAUAAAUGAUUGAAAUGGAUGUCAAAAAUUGGCCACUUGAUUCAACUCUUUUCGAGACAGUUGGCCAUAGAGCACUAGUGAUGGAAAGAUCCCUUUUCGCAAAUUAAUUAUGUAUGCAAAUUUAGUUGUAGCAGUGAAGGUGGGAAAAUUCCACCAUUUGAAAAACCUGGAUGCUUAUCAAUAACUUUUAUUUUAUGGGUCCCUUCUCAAUGCCCAAUCACAAAGGGGGUCUAUAUCUUUAAAUUGGAACCAGUAAGCAGAGAAAGUUUCUUCAAGUAGAAAUCAAUGGAGGUUCCUUCUUUUAUGUUUUUCACUGUUAAUUUGCUCAUUUGCUUUACUUUUUCAUUGGCAGCUGAUAGUAUUCGUCCGUUACAAUCUAUUAGCGAUGGCAAAACCUUGGUUUCAAAAGAAGGGAACUUUGAGGUGGGUUUCUUUAGCCCAGGUUCUUCCAAGAAUCGUUACUUGGGAAUUUGGUACAAGAAGCUCAUGCCAGUUAGAACAGUUGUUUGGGUUGCAAACAGAUGCAAUCCAAUUGAGGAUUCAUCUGGUUUGUUGACCAUAAACAGCACAGGAAAUCUUGUUCUUCUGGGUCAGAAUAGGAGUGUGGUUUGGUGGACGAGCUCACCGAAACAAGCCCAGAAUCCAUUGGUACAGAUACUAGACUCUGGAAAUCUAGUCCUAAGAGAUGAGAAAAAUGCUGAUGCAGGAUCCUAUUUUUGGCAAAGCUUCGACUAUCCUUCUGAUACACUCUUACCUGAAAUGAAGUUGGGAUGGGACUUGAGAACAGGACUUAAAAGGGGCCUGUCAGCAUGGAGGAAUCCAGAGGAUCCAUGUCCUGGAAAUUUCACAUAUGGGUUGGAGCUAGGACCUCGUAGAUAUCCUGAAGAAUAUAUAUGGAAUGGCACUACAAAAUACUAUCGUACGGGUCCAUGGAAUGGCCUUCGAUUCAGCGGUUUACCAGAACUAAAAGCCAAUGACGUUUACGGCUUUAAAUUUGUUUACAGCGAUGAUGAAGUUUAUUACACAUACACUCUCAAGGUUACUAAGGUGAUUUCUAGAGUUGUUUUGAACCAAACCACUGGUAAGCGUGAACGUUCUACAUGGAUUAUGCCAAAUGAUCCUUGGACAGUACGUAGCUCAUUGCCUAAAGACAAAUGUGAUGAUUAUGGCCUCUGUGGAGCCAACGCAAAAUGUAGUAUCAUUGGCCAAAAUCCAAUCUGUGAGUGUUUAAAAGGAUUCAAGCCUAAGUCCCAAGAAAAUUGGAACAAGAAGGACUGGUCUCAAGGAUGUGAACGCAAUCUACCACUGAGCUGCCAGGAGAAACAUAGAGAUGGGUUUGUCAAAUUUGUAGGUUUGAAAUUGCCAGAUACCACACAUACUUGGAUGAACAAUAGUAUGAAUCUGGAGGAAUGCAGGACCAAAUGCUUGAACAAUUGUUCCUGUAUGGCUUAUGUGAACUCAGAUAUUAGAGGAAAUGGUAGUGGUUGUGUCCUCUGGUUCGGUGAUCUAGUAGAUAUGAAAUGGUUAGCUGAUGGUGGACAGGAUCUGCAUGUUCGAAUGCCAGCUGCAGAGCUAGAUAAGAUGAAAAAACCAAGAGGCAAUGGUAAGAUGAAGACAACGGUGAUAGCUGUAGCUGUCAUUGGCGUAGUCUCUGGUAUGCUCUUUCUUGGCGUUUGCAUUCACAGAAGGAGGAAAGCCUCCUUGAAAGAAAAAACAAAGAGAAAUGAAAUGGUAAGUGUGUACAAUGGAGACCAAAAUGAAGACUUGGAACUCCCAUUUUUUGACCUAUCAACAGUAGCAGCUGCAACUGAGAAUUUUUCAUUGGAGAAUAAGAUUGGGGAAGGUGGUUUUGGACCUGUAUACAGGGGUAUGCUAGAUAAUGGAAAAGAAAUUGCUGUGAAGAGGCUGUCAUUGAGUUCGGGACAAGGAGUAAACGAAUUUAAGAAUGAAGUAAUACUGAUUGCUAAGCUUCAGCAUCGGAAUCUUGUAAGGCUUCUUGGCUGCUGCAUUGAGGGAGAAGAGAAAAUGCUGGUUUAUGAAUAUAUGCCCAACAAAAGUUUGCACUCUUUCAUUUUUGAUGAGAAGCAAGGCAAACUAUUGGGAUGGUCGCAACGGUUCCAGAUCAUAUGUGGAAUUGCUCGAGGGCUUCUGUAUCUCCACCAGGAUUCCAGAUUGAGAAUUAUACAUAGAGAUCUCAAAGCCAGUAAUGUUUUACUUGAUAAGGAGAUGAACCCCAAGAUAUCAGACUUUGGCAUGGCUAAAACAUUUGGAGGAGAUCAAACAGAAGGAAACACAAACAGAGUAGUAGGAACCUAUGGGUACAUGGCACCGGAAUAUGCUUUUGAUGGGCAAUUCUCAACGAAAUCUGAUGUUUUUAGCUUUGGUAUAUUGAUGUUGGAGAUUAUAAGUGGGAAGAAAAGCAGAAGUUUUCAUCAUCAAAACCACGGUGGCAGCCUCAUUGGACAUGCGUGGACACUAAUGCAAGAAGGAAAACCAUCUGAACUGAUUGAUGCAUGCAUGGAUAAUUACAAAGAGAGAGAGUCGGAAGUGUUGCGUUGCAUCCAUAUCAGCUUGCUAUGUGUGCAACAUCACGCAGUGGAUAGGCCAAGCAUGUCGUCUGUGGUUAUGAUGCUGGGUGGUGAAGGUGCGUUGGUUCAGCCUAAACCACCUGGUUAUUUCAUGGAAAGAGAUUUCCAUUUGGCAGAAGCAGAAUAUUCUUCCUCAACUAAUAAGCAUGUUUUCUUUCCUUCCAUAAACGAGAUGACCAUAUCGCUAAUGGAGGCUCGAUAAGGACCAAGGAGAACGGAAAUGGAAUGGAACAUUUGGGUCGGGGAUCCAAAAUCAAUGAACAACAUAAAUGUUUUUGGGCCUAUUUAAGGCAUCAUUUCAUACUUUUGUAGCAAGUCCAUCAUUAAGUUAUGGGCUUCAAAGUCCAAAUCCGUUUCAAGUCCGUCCAAAAUUAAACGACUUGUCUGUAUUAUUGAUUUUCAACUGAUAAGCCGAACUUCUUCUA